UUUUCAUCAUCACUUCAUGAGAAAAAAAGUAUCUCUCUCUCUCUCUCUCUCUCUCUCUCUCUAAAAUCUCAACCCUUUUUUCUGUUUGUUGUCUCGUGAACCCACUCCGUUUUUCCCGGGAAAAAAACUGACACUUAUUCCGCCGCCGGAAAACUGACCACCAAACUAAUGGACGUUCACUUCUUGACUGAGAGGGUUCACUCAACCAAGCACCUCUCUCCUCUCCAAGCUUCUGAGAAUCAUUUGAACAUUGAUGAUCCAGAAGGAGAUGAAGAUGCAAGAGCUUGCUUUCCAUGCCCCUUCUGUUAUGUAGAUAUUGAAAUUGCGCUGCUUUGUAGUCAUCUGGAGGAAGAACACUGCUUUGACUUCAAAAACGCGGUUUGCCCUUUAUGUGCAGCAGAUCUAGGGAAAGAUGUGAGUGGACAUUUUACAGUGCAGCAUGCACAUUCAGUGAAGCAUAGAAGAAAGUCUCGGAAAUCAGGCUUCUGGACUAAUAGUUCUACAAUGCUGGGAAAGAACCUGGGGGAAUUGGGAGGAUUAGGCUCAUGUAUUGGUUCAAAUUCGAUGAAUGAUAGCCACAAUGUACUAGAAUCUGCACUUGAUCCCCUUCUUUCACCGUUUCUCUUCACAAAACCUGUUUCAAAUCCUAAAGGGAACCAACAAGGUGAAUGUUCUACUGAUGCGGAUUCAAUCACUUCUGAUGACAAAUGCACUGGGCCAUCAUCUAUAUUGGAUUGCACUGAAGAAGAGGAUUAUGAAGAGAGGAGGCAGAGAGCAGCAUUCUGUCAGGUUUUGGUCCUGUCAACCAUUUUGUAGAAUUUAACUGGUUCCCCAUCAAUGCAAAUGUUGGCUCACUCAAUUCAGUUAUCAAAGAUGGUAUAUCCACUACCCCACAAAAAAAAAUAUAAAUAUAAAAAUAAAAAUAAAAUUAUAAUAAAAAUGGUCGAGUCUUGCGCAGUUUUAGGAUGUCAGAUAGCUUUGGUAUUUAGUUCUGAGAAGAUAAUCUUAGUAAUGCUCAAGGAGUGUAUCAUGUUUAUGGCUUCAUUAUAGGCAUUGAGGAACUAUUUAUGUGUCAAUUUGUGUAUAGCUCUCUUUAUAUAAAUAUGGAGUAUUAUGCAAUGCAGUCUGUCAGGAACUGUAACAAACCCUCUCAUUAGAUGAUUCUUUUGCAUUUCA